UGAAGCAGGACAGUGAGACGAGGGGAGAAUCCCUGAAAUACUAAGAAGGAAAACUUGAAUUAUUAGAGGACAGGUAAAGAUGAACGGGGAGGAAAUCUACGAUAGUUUCCAGGUUUCUGGUUUGGGCGACUGAAUCGAUGUAGUAAGCUACCUGGGAGGGAUAGGAGGAGCAGGUUUGGGGAGGAGGAGUGAAAAUUAGGAUACACUGCGUGAGGGGCUGGUUGGCUGUGUAGAACGGAUGAACGGAGCUCUCGUACUUACUUUGGCCACAGGAGCCUGCGGCUCUGCCUUGAUGGAUUCAGCCUCCUCAGAGCUGUCAAAGGCGGGGAGGUGGGGCGGAGGCCGGCCAGGCCCGAGCGCGAGCGCAGUGCCUAGACCACCGAACCUCCGCUGCUCCCGGGGCUCCAGAGUCCAGGCCGCAGCGACCCGGGGCCCGCCCACCGCUGUCCUCGGAAGCGGCGUGAUUGGCUGGAGACGCCGGCGCCGGGGGCCGCGAGCGGGCCCGGACUUAAGGAACUGCUCAGCGAUUGGCUGGGAGGCACCAAAGAGGCCUAAUUCAAAUUGUUGGAGCCGCCCUUCCAGGGAGCGGGCGCCUAGUUGCACCCCGCCCCGUCGCUUAGUUAGACAGGUACACAAACCAGAGCUGUAUUGGUCAGAUCCUUCCGGCACCGCUCCUUUCCCGAGUCAGGAUGAGAAGAGAACUGUGACUGGCAGAUUUUCAGGGGCGGGCACUCUAGGCCUUUAUCCGGGCUUCGCUUCGGUACUGGCGCCUGUCCUGGGCGUGGAUUGGGCUGCAGCGUUGUCAGCGUGAUCCGGGGGCGUGGCCAGCGCUAAUAAAGACGAGCCGGGGUUGCAGGUGCAGUAAGUUCCACCGCAGCUAGAGGUCCGAGUGGUCGUCUAGAAGCGGAGCUCGGCGGUGUGGUCGGCUUCACCGCAGUGUUCUCCGACCGGGUGUCUCGCCGCAGCCUCGGGAGAGGAGACGGACCUCUCCUCCUUCUGUCGGAGACAUGUCUGCGGCAGCUCAGCCACCCACCGAAGGGGCAGAAGGGGCUGCCCCAGGUGGGGGUCCCCCUGGCCCUCCUCCUAAUAUGACGAGUAACAGACGACUACAGCAGACCCAGGCACAAGUGGAGGAGGUGGUGGACAUCAUGCGUGUAAAUGUGGACAAGGUCCUGGAGAGGGACCAGAAGCUGUCGGAGCUGGAUGACAGAGCCGACGCGUUGCAGGCGGGCGCAUCACAAUUUGAGAGCAGCGCUGCCAAGCUGAAGAGGAAGUAUUGGUGGAAGAACUGCAAGAUGAUGAUCAUGCUGGGGGCCAUCUGUGCCAUCAUCGUGGUAGUUAUUGUAAAACUUCCCCAUCUGCCUUCCUCCAUCCCAGCCCUGCUUCUCCGUCACCCACGCCUCGCCUUCUGUUGCUUUCAUUUGCACUCUGUCCUACGACCCUGGAAAUGCUGCUUGUGGUGCAGUCAAUUUGAAUUAACUACCUGAAGAACAACAGCUGGCGUCUCCUUCCCACCCUCUCACGUUCUCUCAAGUUCCCCCAAAGCCAAAAAGAGCUGGAGGCCAAGGGAUGGGGAAGGGGUGUCGCUGAGGUGACGUGCUCAAGAAGGGGCCAAGACGGGGACGAGGAGAAGAGUGUUGUGCCCGUGGUGUUGCCAGAAAAGGCCGGGCUGCUGGCCCGAGGCGGCUGGGAGCGGCUGGGAGGGGGCCCCUCACCUCUCCUGUGGCCGGCCU